AUGACCUUCAUGACCGAUCUAGCCAUGGCCCCGCAGCCGGCCACCCGAAAGCGCCAGCACUCUGAUGAGGUGGAUCUGUCUGAUGACGAUCUCGGAUCAUCGCCAAAGUCCUCAACUCCCUCGAUGGAGGAUGACCGUAGGGCGCACCACAACGAGCUGGAGAGAAGACGGCGUGACCAUAUCAAGGACCAUUUCACGAACUUGAAAGAAGCCAUCCCGCAACUUAACGGAGAAAAGUCCUCCCGCGCCCUCAUCCUCAAGCGCGCCGUAGAAUACAUCAACGCGUUGCAGUCGAAUUUAACGCAAAAUCAGCGGGAUUUCGAGCAGAUCAAGAGGAGGAACGAGCAGUUGGAGGCUAAAUUAUGCCAACGUGACGUCAUCCCGGUGGACCAUCUCCUCUCCUACCAACUAUCCAGCCAAAUUGCCUCGACUUCGGUGAAGCAAAUGGCCCAGCAGCAACAAAUCCCCGCUCCCGUGCCCGUCACGCCACCCACCGUACCCACCAGCACGCCCCUCUCCCUCCUCCAGCUCCCGAACCUCACCCAAAAUGAGCUCUACCAGCUGCUGCUCAACUCGUCCCCCAUCCAACAGCAAUCUCCUCCAUUUACGGCGCCAGUCUCCACCCACUCCUUCAACACGCUAAUGACGCCGAACCUGCAGCUGUUGAGCCUCAAUGAUCAGCUACACAGAGCCAUGGUCCAGCCUUAC